UAGUAGGACACUUCUAUCCAUUAAAAGUUAUAAAAAUCUGUGUACAAAUUGGUUUCAGACAUUUUAUUUCAUAUAUAGAAAAAAAGGUUGCACGUUUGGCGUUUCAUUAUUUGCACACACACACACACACACACGCACAACACCAACCCAACCACUCGCACUCACGCACGCACACACGCGCACACACACACACACACACACACAAAUAUCAGAUAAAUUUAAUAAGACUGAUAAUUAAACUGUUUUAUUUCUGUCAGAAUAUAGUUGCUGUCAUAAAUGUAAUUAAUUGAAAACUGCAUUUUCAUUAUGGAUACAAAAAAGCAGUAUGGAGUAUUGAAGUAUCAAUUUAAAAAUGAAAGAGGUAACCGUAAUAGGAUAAUUCAAAGGACAUUUAGGAAAUUUAUUUCGAUUACCUUCGUUUCUUGCAUGAUAAUUUCAACAGGCUUUUAUGUAUUUUUCAGCAACAUCAUUUUGAAAUCAUCAAAGAGACAGUACAACAUGACAAUUGGUAAACAUUUAUUUGUGGCCACAAGGACAACACUUACCCAAAUGAAAGAAGAAAGAAGUACUUGUUACGAAGCAUUCAACAGCACAUUUGAAGAAAAUUUGGAAGUCAUAAAUAAUUAUCCAAUAGGUAGCGCUGAGAAGUACUUUAAGCGAUUAGGUGUUAAUUAUCUUGAACCGACACAAAUUCGUACAUUUCCUGUUUUUGUAACUGCGUUUGACAGUUCUCACUACAAUGAAUCUCAAGGCUUAUUCAAAUGUCUUCAUGAAAAUUUCCUUUACAAUCCAAAGUAUAAAAAGGAUGUGCUAAUUGUUGUAUACGAUAUUGGACUGACGGAACAGCAAGCCUUAACGGUGAAGAAAUAUUGUAAGUGUGAACUCCGAACACUUCAAUUUGAACAUUUUCCACUGCAUGUCAGAAUACUUACGACAUACGCAUUCAAGCCAAUCAUUGUACAGGAAAUGCUGAUGGAAUAUGGUUUUGUUUGGUGGGUCGAUACUUCAAUACGUUUUACCACUAACGACAUUGAUUUACAAAUAGCUUACACCAAGACGCAUAGUAUCCUUUACACAGUUUCACGGAAUUUUGCAACGAAAGGGACAUUAACAAAAAAUACACUAAACGCAACAUUUGAUUAUUUCCACGAAGAUCGUUGCAAAUUUAGACCAUUUCAUGAAGUAUGGGCAACUACACUCCUUUUUAAUUUUGAUCACGUUACACGUUCCAUUGUCAAGGCAUGGGUGAUAUGCGCGUUAAACAAACCCUGCAUUGCACCGACUGGAAGCGAGUAUAAGCGGGGAUGCAGCUUGAAAGAAAACUACGAUGGCCGGUGUCACAGAUUUGAUCAAUCUGCAAUUGGUAUUAUAACAAGAAGACUUUUCCACGAUCAGGAUUAUCCAAUCGACAACAAUCUAACGCUUAUUUACACAAUUAAGCGUGAUGAAGUAGUACAAUAUUUCAUAUGAUUAUAUAUCAUAUGAUGUAUUUGCCUAUGACUAACAUAUAUGUAAAGAUCUAUUUCUUUAAACAUACAUAGCUUAAUGCAAUUUUUACAAUUGACCCAAACCCAAUUUUUGCUAUAUUCAUAUAUAGCAAUGGUUUUGUUGUGUUGUACCAUGUACAGAUUCAGCAAAGUCUGCUUUAAUUGUUUGAUUGCGUUUUAUGCUCAUAAAGAUGUGUUUUAAGCGUACAAAUACUUCAAACAACAUUUUUUUCUUACAUCUCAAAAAAGACAUAUAUUACGAAUCAAGGAAAUAAUGCCUUUUAUAGUAGAAUUCACCUCACAGUUUAUAUUUAGUACAUUUCAAAGAAUUUGAUAAAUUCCUCGUACUGAGAUAUAUA